AUGAGUUCCACAUCAUCGAUGAUUGAAUGGACGGCAUGUUCUGCCAAUCCUGUCAGCACCAUCACAGGCGACGACGUUUCUGAGGAUGUCACUGUCUCAAUGAGGUAUCAUGGCAGACUCUUUGUUAUUGAAUUGUCGGUUUCCCACUUUCGCAACUCUCCAGCCGCUCUCAACCAGUAUUUGAAGUACAUUGCUUCAAUUCUUCCAGACAGUGAUGGGGAGGUUGAUGGCAUUGCUGACACAGAGGCGUUCGAAUGGCUGGCAAACAUAUUCGAGCCCAUUUUCUCACAGCUUGCACCCGACUUACCACCUUCUUUUGACCCCCGCAAGAUUUCUGGCGGCAUAUCCAGGCCGCUCCUCUCCGAAUACCUAUUUCCAGAAACUUUUGGCUGCAGACUGGAUGCCCAAGACAACAAAUUCAUCCCAGUCCACGUCGACAAUGAAGGUAGCCUUGUCAAACCGCGAUCGUUCCUCGAUGGCGACCUUCUGGAUGAACUUGAGACUUGGACGCGCUUCUAUGACCCUUUAGAGCUUGAGGUCGUUUUCCAGCGCCCUGAGCAGGCGCUUUAUAUGAUUCCGGAGUUGGUACUCGCAGACCUAGACAAAUCCGGGCACAAGACGUUGUGCUUCUUCAAGCACUUCGGGCUCGCGUCGGAAAACCCAAUGACGCAUGAGCUUGCCGUGCAUCAGAAAGUGCACGACGCAAAGCUGGGCCCAGACGUGCGGGUGAGCCGGCUGCAGGGGAUUGUUCAUCUUCAGGAUGAGGAUGCUACGUUGGGCUUGCUUCUCUCUCUGGUAGACCAUGAAGACGGAAUGACGCUGCAAUCUGCCCUCUACGACGAUCCUCCUCGGCAUCUGAGAGAGCGUUGGGCGAGGCAGGUCAGCCACACGGUCGAGGAGCUUCACAAGGCGGGAGCCGUUUGGGGAGACGCCAAAGCUGACAAUGUGCUCAUUGACAAGAAUAGCGAUGCGUGGGUCAUUGAUUUCGAGGGCGGGUAUACUAGAAGUUGGGUUGAUAAGGACAAGGCUGGGACAAAAGAGGGAGAUUUGCAGGGGCUGGGGAGAAUAUUGGAUUUAAUCUCAAGCAUACCUAACGAUUAA